AUGGAUAUUCCACUUCAGACAAUUAUUUUAAUGAAUCCUAAUGGAACUAUUUAAAUAGCUACUCAACCAUGGUUUAAAGGUAAAAAAGUGAUGAAAUGCUACAACUGUCAGUAAUACAAUCUAUUCAAUAAUAUUUAGAAGCAAUAUUAUUUUUGAAGGCAAAUACAAUUAAAUUAAAUGUACUAAAUGCAUGACAAUCAAUUAAGUGCCAGUAAUAAAAUGA